CUGGGAGGCCGUGGGCGGCUCUCGCCCCUUGGAGGGAAGGAGAGGCCAGCCCGGGCUCCAUAAAUACCACUUCUCCGCCCUGAAAGGCAUGCAGUGAACACAGAGAGAGAGAGAGAGGCAGAGAGAGACCCGCUGAAGAGACCGCCCCAUCUAUCUCUAUCGCUCUCUCUUUCGACUCAGAGUCCAGCCUCAGAGGAGCCCAGACUUCGCUCUCCAAGAUGCAGAGGUGGAGUAGCCUCCUGUUUAUCUCCUUAAUCUUUUGCUUUGCCCUCUCCGAGACUUUCGGGCUGGUUUUAUCUGCUAAAGAGAAAAGAGGAUGGACUAUGAAUAGUGCUGGCUAUCUCCUUGGCCCACGUCGUAUUGAACAGCUCCUCAAGGAAAUGCCCAGUACAAGGGGGAAAGAAGAGCCACCUGGGGAAUAUGCAAUAGACAGAGUUUUUAAUGAUAAGCAUGGUUUAGCUGGAAAACGUGACAUACCGCCCGAAGAAAAUAUAAAAGCAGGGUUUUUUGGAAGACCACUAACCGAUGCCAAUAUUAUGCACACAAUUAUUGAAUUUUUGACCUACUUACAUCUUAAAGAAGCUGGGGCUCUUGAUAACAUACCUACAACAGUUUCUUCAGAAGAGACAGAUCAAUCUUGAAAGGGAAUGUAUAUAUCCUGUGUUAUAAAUUAAGUUGUCUAACCAGAGCUUUGAACAAGACAAGAUGAUAUUUACUGUUUACAUUUACCUUAUACACUGCUUCUUGUGAUCACUCUUUAUCUGUUUCCCCUGGUAAUGUUAUACUGUAAGAUUUUUUUGCUUGAUAAAAAUACUUUAGAUAAAUGACACAAUAAAAAAUAGCAGCUGCA